AUGGCGGAUGUAACGGUGCCGGUAACGAAGCGACAACGAACAGCGCAAGGCGGAGGCGCAAUCUUGCCUCCAGCGCCUCCUCCACCACAGCAGGAUGUACACACAACAAGAAAUGUACUUUCGGAACCGCCUGCUUCGCCACCCCCACCACCUCCGCCAGACAUGGCUUUCGAUCAGGCUCAGAACAGUGACAUCGUGCCCCCACCACCUCCAUCGAGCAUGCCCCCACCACCUCCCCCCGACCAAGCGUUCGACGACCAAGAAGACGACGCUGACGUUCAGGAUGCUGCAUACUGGACGCGUUUGGCACAGUCUUCUUCUUCGGCGGUCGCCACUUCUUCUGAACCUUCAUCAUAUGUAGCUACUCUAUCGAAUGACAGGAACGGCGCCGCAGUAGCAAAGAAAGGCAAGUCCGCCUUGUACCUUGAUACGAUCAACCGUGCGGUACUUGAUUUCGAUUUCGAAAAGCUCUGCUCGGUCUCGCUGUCGAACAUCAACGUUUAUGCAUGCCUCGUCUGCGGGCGCUACUUCCAAGGGCGUGGACGUAAUUCGUACGCCUACUUGCAUAGCAUUGACGACUCGCAUCAUGUGUUUAUGAACCUCGCUACGGCUCAGACAUAUAUCUUGCCAGACAACUACGCGGUCCCAGAGGAGAACCAAGCCGCAUUGCACGACAUCAAAUACCUCCUGAACCCUACUUUCACUCCCAAGACAAUUCAUGCCAUCGAAGCGCGCCCGGCAUAUGAUCUAAACGGAGACCAGUAUUACCCAGGAUUCGUAGGACUGAACAAUGUGGGUAAGAACGAUUAUGUCAAUGCGGUGAUUCAGGCACUGGUGCACGUUCCUAUGAUACGGGACUACUUUUUAUUGGGAAAGGAGGUUGAGGGAGAAGUUGGAGAAAAGAGCGAGUUGGUCAAGCGGUUUGGAAGUCUAGUGCGAAAAGUGUGGAACCCUCGAGCUUUCAAGGCACAAGUUUCACCACAUGAAUUCCUGCAACAGGUGGCAGUGGUUUCGGGGAAUCGGUUCAGAAUCACGCACCAGUCGGAUCCGGUCGAGUUUUUGGGCUGGCUGUUGAAUUGCUUGCAUGCUGAUCUGACGCGAGGGGGCAAGAAUGGUGGCAAGAGGAAAAGGGGUGUUGGUGCUGGUGGAGAGAGCGUUAUCAGUCGCUGCUUUCAAGGUGUUGUGCAGGUAGAAUCGCAGCCGCUGUCUCGGUCCGACGAGACUGAAGCAGCCAGUUCAGCUUCGACAGUAGCUGCCGAGGCCGAGGGCAUGCUGAAGGAGGCCACCAUUUCGGGGGAACAGGUGGACGAAAGUGGACGUGCACGAUUCGACCCUUCUGUGCCAGUCGAUAGACGCGAUUCGCCCUUCUUUCUAUUAGCGAUGGAUCUUCCACCACCAGCUCCAGUGAUCAGCUCGGAAGAAGGAGAGAAUCUUGUUCCGCAGAUCACCAUUGGACAGGUGCUUUCCAGGUACGAUGGGCAAAGUCUGCAUGCGUCCAACGCCAAACUCACCCGCUACACGCUACGUCGUCUACCGCCAUACCUCAUCAUUCACUUCCGUCGUUUCACCAAAAACAGCCUGGGUCAGGAAGAACGUAAUCCCACGCUGGUCAAUUUUCCCAUUAAAGGUCUGGACGUCACCAAGCACGUUGCACUUUGCCGUGAUACACAGCAGCAGCUCUCAUCGCCAGACGCCGAUUCAAAGCUAUCAGAGAUCUACGAUCUCGUCGCCAACGUCGUUUACGACGCUGUACCAGGUACAGUGCGUCAAGGCGCCAGCUGGAAGUGUCAGGUACACACUAAGGGCACAGCGACGCCGGAGAAGCAAGCAGAAAAGUGGUUCGCCAUCCAAGACUUGCUCGUCGAAGAGGUCAAUCGCCAAAUGAUCUUCUUGGGCGAAAGCUAUUUGCAGAUCUGGCAGAAACGCUGA